AUGCGCUCUUUCGCGUCGAAAAAAACGAUGACUAUAACAACGUCGCUCGGCAGCUUGGAAAUUGUAGUUUGUAAUGUUUGAUUCGACCGGUCUUUUUUGGGAUUCUGGACAACCGUAUGAACUACAAUCCCUAAACCCUUUGACUCGUUUAAUGUAAGCUGCGAUUUAUCGCUAUCACGGGUGAUGUGGUUUUUCACAAGGAGGACCUGCACGAGCGGGAGCUGAGCGGUAACAAAUUCGAACUACACAUCCCAGAGUAUUUGUAACCGACCCACCUCUUCACUCCCUGCUCCCUCCCUCGGUCGACCCUGUUUUGUUGUUUGGCUAAAGAUGGCGUUAGCGGCUAACCCACUCGAUUGCAGUUUGUUUCCCAAAAAUUAUUCGGCCACUGGUAACAAAACAUUGAUAAAAUAGAGAUUUAAUUUGCCAUUUGGUGUACAAAAAAUAUAUUACACUGAGAAAAUACACGUCCACUUGGUCGAUUAACUUCUGCUUGGCCUUCUUACGAUGUAGGCCUGUUUUAAAGGGAGCGGACCGAAGCCAUUGGAACUCCAUCUCCCGUCGGGGAGUGCGGUGUCAGGUGGUACCACUUUUCUUUUUCAUGCUGGUAUCUGUAGUUCUUACCACACCAGACUCUUAAUUUUUGUGGAAACUUUAGAUACAACUAAUUAACUCAGGAGUUGAUAUUUAAGCGGAAAGGACAUGUUAUUUAAUUUCUCAGUGUUUUACUGGAAGCGUCCAGUGAUGCCGCACGGUGUCUAUAAUAUUUGUUUAAGCUGAAAAGAAAAUUCCAAUAAGUACACCUGUUGCCUCGCGGUCAGAGCGACCAUGGCUGCAUCACCUGCGGAUGGUGACAGAAAAAACUCGAGAGCGCCCUCCAGGGAAGGACACCCGUCACCAGAGUCUUCUUUGACCUGGUGCUUGGCUCACAUCUCCAUACCUGGAUCGGGGUCUGAACGCCAGGGACAGGGCCAGACAGGUUCAGGCUACGGCAGAGAAACCGACAAGAGGUUCAAAGUCUCUCAGUGGCGAGCCCUUGUAGCUAUCCGGACGCAACACAUCAAGGGUGGCAAGGCUGGCAUUGCCAGAUUCAGGAGUCAGGGUGGUCUCCGGCCCCUGUUGGACCUGAUUAAACACCCAGAGUGCUCGAGGAAAACUCUGGAUCUGGCACUCAGCAUCCUGGCCAACUGCUGCACUGAGCUGGAGACACGAAUAGAGGUUCGUAAGCUUGAUGGAAUAAAUAUUGUUGUGGACAUCCUGAAGAAACAUGUGGCAGUGGAGACAGUCCUGAACCGAGCAGCCCGGGCUUUAGGGAACCUGGCCAUGGAUCCAGAGAGCUCUGCGCUCAUCCACUCUGCCGGUGGUGUUCCUCUUCUCCUCCUCUGCGUUUCUGUUUCAUCUGCACCGUCCUCCCCCACAGCUGCUCCACCGAAAGAUGCCAGUCCCAAACUUGAGUGCGCGCAGUCUGCUGCUCGAGCCCUUCUCUACCUCUCUGAUACACCCUCUAACCGCCUUUCAUUGCUCACUCAAGGGACCUUAUCUACCCUCGCCCCUCUUAUUGCACCAGAGUAUCCCCAGGAGUUGAGGCGGGCAGCUCUCAGGACCCUCCAUGAGCUGACCCGGGGCUGUGGUGUUGAAUGUGCCAGGGAGGUGUCUCGUUCUGGGGUCCUUGCUCAGCUUGGUGUCAUGGCAUUGGGGGAGUCUGGUAAACCUUUUGAAGAUUUAGCAUUGAAAACAUUAGCCAACUUGUGCUCCCAAGGCUGCCUACGCCCUCUUGUGGGGUCACUGGGGGUCAUCCAGAAGUUCACUGAGGAGGUUAAAAGGGACCCAAUGAAGUCAGCAGUCUUCCUCAAGGCUCUGUGCUUGUGCUGCAAAGAGGCAGUGAACCGGGCCAAGGUGAAAGAGAGCGGUGGACUGGAGGUGCUGAUUGGCUUUUUGUCUGCUCAUCAGAAUCAUCCACUUUCCCGGCUAACUAUUCUGGCCUGUGUAGACUUUGUUUUUGAUGAAUCUGCCAUGGAGCUGCUGCAGGAAUUGGGGCUGGUUCCUCUUCUUGUUGCACGACUAGUUGAGCUCACUAGAGGAGAGGAGCUGUCGGCCGAGAAGAUGGACGUGAGCCUCUCCUCCAACACGUCCCCCAUUGAGCUCCUGCCUUCCUCCUGUUUUGAUUCCUUCGAUUUUCCCCCUCCUGAGGGGCACAAGAAGGAAGAGACUGGUAGGGAGCAGGGUUCAUCCAGCUUUUUAAGUCUCAGGUCCUGGUUGGUGUCUGAGGGCUUGAUAUCUUCUGAGGGGGACCUUCUGGAUUCCUCUAGUGUUGAUGGAGACUGGGCAAGUCUUCAAAUUCCACCAUCUUCAUCCCCUCAAGCCUCUUCCCCAAACCUGUAUUCCAGUUCUUGUCUUAAAAUCUCUUCUUCACCCAACCCCACUGUUUCUUCUGCUUCUAAAAAAGCACCUCAGCCUUCGCCAGUGUCCUCUACGUCUUCAUCGAAAGUCACUGAUCUGCUUCGUUCCAGUACACUCACACUACAAACCCAGCCUAGUUCCUCCACUGUCUCCUCUCCCACUAAAACAAGCCAAACACCUGUCUCUCCAUCAAAGUUUUCGUCACCGCUGAGACGGAGGCCACGGGCUCAGUCAGCAACGUCUUUGACUAAGGUCACGCUUGAGACCCCUCCAUCUGUGCCCCGCCCAUCAGCUUUCCAUCACCCUUACCACCCUGAACCCUGGACGCCCGAAUCUCCCAUCCUGCUGUUACUGUCACGUUUCUCCCACUCCACUGAUCCAAGUGCUGCUCUGGUCAGCUCAGGCAUCAUGUCUGGCUUGCUCUACUACCUUACCCAGCACCAGGACCCCAGCAGCAGGUGCUUCCGUAUGCUUUGCCGACUGAGCUGCAACCCGAACUGUUUGCAGGCGCUGGUCCGAACGGGUUCUGUAGCGCUCAUUCGCCACCAUCUCUGCCAGAGAGAAGAAGAAUUUGAGAGAGGGGAGAGGCAGACGGACAGAGUGAAAGCUAAAGUUAAACAGCUUGGUGUGGCCCUUCUGAAUAACCUGCGUGUCCAAUGUGAGUCUGGAUUUGGUUCUGGGGUUCUUGCACAUGUGAUGCUGUCAGGCUCCGACUCAGAUAAGAUGAACUGUGCACUCUCUCUGCCAUUAAUCAGCAGCAACAAGUCACUGCUGAAGAAGCUUCUUCUGGACAGUGGUGGGCUGCUCUUGGCCCUGCAGCCCCUCAGCUGUGAUGACGAUGAUGAUGCGGAUGAAGACCACCCCACUGAAUGUGAAAGACUGCUUUCUGACUUGUUAAAUUCACCACAUUCAGGUCUGACCUCUCAGCUCCACUCAUUGUACUUCUCUCUCCUGAUUGGAUGCCUGUCUGCUCUCACAGGUACCAUUAAAACUGAGUUUGACAAAAAACAUACAAUUCCAGUUUUAACACAGCCAGUCAGCAACUUUGGCAGAGUUUCUCCCCCUCCCUCUAAAAAACCUCGGCUAGCAGACAUCUGCCCUUACAGCGUCUCUAACUUCGAUUUGCUCUUACUGCUGGAUGACGGGACCCGGGUCCCAGCCUGCAGGGAGGCUGUAGCCGGGGUUGAGGGCACAGGUGGCAUCAGGUCUGAGUAUUUCAGGGCUUUGUUGAGAGGUGGGUUUGGAGAAGCUCAGGGCAAUUCAAAAGAAACUGUCCACAUUAAAGAUGUCAGCAGCGGUAUGUUACUACCAGUGCUACAUUAUCUGUGUGGAUGUCGCUUUACUAAGGGUGGAGAAGCAAUGAGGUCAAAGGAGGAAGGAAAGAGGAGAGGGCAGUGUCAGAUUUUGGACAAAUUGGUCCUGGAUGGACUGAGUCUCUAUGAAAAGGAGACAGAAGAGCACUCAGCAGAAAACUUGGAUUUCCAGAAAACUCCGUUAGGUGAGAUGAUGAUUGGAGCUUGCAGAUUUUUGGUGAGUGAGCUACAGAGAGACUUAGAGGACCUGUGUGUGUCAUUUCUCCUGUCCUGCUCUGCAAAAGUUGCUCAUCAGACUUCUACAGAGGCUAAUGCUGAAAAGGAUUCAUCCAAAAUGGACCACGAAUGCCCCGAGUCUGCUGAGGAAACUCUGGCCAAUCGAACAUCAGAGCUAGAGCUGACAGGAUUUGAGUUGCAAACUGAAAAAACAAAGAAACAAAACAGUACCCCGCAACAGACAGACAGUAAGAAGACAGUGGACAAAUCAGUCAGUCCAGAAGAGAUGACAUUAAGACCAAAGAGCUUGAUUAAAGGUUCAGCAAAGCUUCUGAAAUCAGCAGCUCAAGGCUCUCGCUCCUCCUCAGAUAGAUUUGCUGAAGGUGGUGUUCUGGCUACUCUACUGCCCCAGGUGUACUGGUUUUCCCAGUGUUACAGCUAUCCAGCACUGGGCCGGGUUUGCCUGUCCUUGCUGCUGGGCUGUCAGGACUGUCCUCGGCCCUUCUUGUCCUCCUCCAUUGCCGGGGAUUGCCUUCGCAGAGUUGCCCGAGAAGCUCACUGUACAGAGACUCUGAAACAGGACCUGCUAAGUCUGGUCUCAGUAGCUUUGAGCUGAGCAAGGAAGGAAAUACUGAUUGAUUACAUAAAUUCAAGGGGCUCAGUGGGACUUUAAGCCUCUAGAGUUUCCAGUGUCAUGUUUUUAGCAAGCACCUGGAUAGUGCCAUUCACAGCAGCAUGGUUAUCUGAAAAACAUGCUGCUCCAGCACUUAGUAGAAGGACCUGCUGAUUUAUGUUGAUUUAUUUGGAUUAUUUUGAAGAAUAAAUUUAUGUUUAGCUUGGAUGUAAAUGUAGCACGUCCCAGCAUGAUGUACAUCUGCUAUAAUUUACUGGUACGA